GGCGGCGUGCGAUAUUUCAGUUCUUCUUGGAAAAUCGAAUGUGAAAGAUCAGCGUACUUUGUGAAUUCGUGCAAGUGUUAAAUUCGAAGUGCUGUUAACGUGGCUGUGAACUAUUUCUUACUCAGUUCAAUCUCCAGUUUUCGUCUUAAUUUAUCGGUUAGAAAAAGUUAUUGUAUGGUGAAAAUGCGGUGGAGUCUGUUUGCAUUGGCCUUGGUGGUCGCGGCGGUGUGCGCCGACGACAAGAAGGAGAAGGAUAAGGACAUCGGAACAGUUAUUGGUAUCGACUUGGGUACCACCUACUCAUGUGUUGGUGUGUACAAGAAUGGACGUGUAGAAAUUAUUGCCAACGACCAAGGUAACCGCAUCACUCCCUCAUAUGUAGCGUUCACCGCCGACGGCGAGCGCCUCAUCGGUGACGCGGCCAAGAACCAGCUCACCACCAACCCAGAGAACACAGUCUUCGACGCCAAACGUCUCAUUGGUCGUGAAUGGAGCGACGCCACUGUCCAACAUGACGUCAAGUUCUUCCCCUUCAAGGUGGUUGAAAAGAACAGCAAACCACAUGUCUCCGUCAAAACCGCUCAAGGAGACAAGAUCUUUGCUCCUGAAGAAAUUUCUGCUAUGGUCCUCACCAAGAUGAAGGAAACCGCUGAGGCAUAUCUAGGCAAAAAGGUUACCCAUGCUGUUGUUACUGUCCCAGCUUACUUCAACGACGCCCAGCGUCAAGCCACUAAAGAUGCUGGUGUCAUUGCUGGUCUCAAUGUCAUGAGAAUCAUCAAUGAACCUACCGCCGCCGCUAUCGCCUAUGGUCUUGACAAGAAGGAGGGAGAGAAGAAUGUGCUUGUCUUUGAUUUGGGUGGUGGUACUUUUGAUGUGUCACUACUCACUAUUGACAAUGGUGUCUUUGAAGUAGUUGCCACCAAUGGUGACACUCACUUGGGAGGUGAAGAUUUUGACCAGAGGGUGAUGGAGCACUUCAUCAAGCUGUACAAGAAGAAGAAGGGCAAGGACAUCAGGAAAGACAACCGUGCUGUACAGAAACUGCGUCGUGAAGUUGAGAAGGCAAAGAGAGCUCUGUCAUCCAGCCACCAGGUCAAGAUCGAAAUUGAAUCCUUCUUUGAAGGUGAUGAUUUCUCCGAAACCCUCACCAGGGCUAAGUUUGAAGAGUUGAACAUGGACCUAUUCAGAUCCACCCUGAAACCCGUGCAGAAAGUAUUGGAAGAUGCUGACAUGAAUAAGAAGGAUGUUGAUGAAAUUGUAUUGGUUGGAGGUUCAACUCGUAUCCCCAAAGUUCAGCAACUGGUUAAAGAAUUUUUCAAUGGCAAGGAGCCUUCCCGAGGCAUCAACCCUGACGAAGCCGUCGCCUAUGGUGCUGCCGUCCAGGCUGGAGUACUUAGUGGUGAACAAGACACUGAUGCUAUUGUCCUUCUUGAUGUCAACCCUCUAACCAUGGGUAUCGAAACUGUUGGAGGAGUGAUGACCAAGCUGAUCCCACGUAACACCGUUAUCCCUACCAAGAAAUCUCAGAUCUUCUCUACUGCCAGCGACAACCAACACACUGUUACCAUCCAAGUAUAUGAAGGUGAGAGGCCCAUGACCAAGGAUAACCACUUGCUUGGAAAGUUUGAUCUCACAGGCAUUCCACCAGCUCCCAGAGGUAUCCCACAAAUUGAAGUCACAUUUGAAAUUGAUGCCAAUGGUAUUCUGCAAGUAUCAGCUGAAGACAAAGGUACAGGAAACAGGGAGAAGAUUGUCAUCACUAAUGACCAGAACAGACUCACUCCAGAAGACAUCGAGAGGAUGAUAAAGGAUGCAGAGAAAUUCGCCGACGAUGAUAAGAAACUAAAGGAGCGUGUCGAAUCUAGAAAUGAAUUGGAAAGUUAUGCAUACUCAAUAAAGAACCAGCUCCAAGAUAAGGAGAAACUCGGUGCUAAAGUCAGUGAUGACGAGAAGGCCAAGAUGGAGGAAGCUAUCGACGCCGCGAUCAAGUGGCUAGAAGACAACCAGGAUGCUGACUCUGAAGAUUACAAGAGACAGAAGAAGAGCGUAGAGGACGUUGUACAGCCGAUCAUUGCGAAACUGUACCAAGGACAAGGCGGCGUGCCCCCGCCCGGAGCGGGAGGCGACGAUGAGGACUUCAAAGACGAGUUGUAACCAAACAGACUGUAAAUUGAGUGAUCCUAGCCAAAUGUGAUCUCCGUUAGGUCACUAUAACAUGUGCACAGGGAGAAAUUGUUCCUCCAUGUGCACAGGUUGUAACAAAGCACAGAUCGUGAUGUUUUUAGCUCGUGUUGUGUAUAUUUAUUGUGUGGAUGUGCGAAUGGCGUGUGCUGAUAUGUUGCUAGUGAUAGCGAGAUGCCGUUGCGCGCGCGAGUGAAUGAGAGGUGUGAUAGUAACUGUGUUACUGUAAAUUGAUGCAUUUUUAAUUUUAAUACAAGCAAUAGUUGAGAAAAGCGAGGGCUUGUUUCCAUGACUGUUUGGAAGUCGGUUCAUUUGUCUUCCUUUUUAUUAAUGUAUUCUGGAUCAAUGAAUCGGCAUAGUCUCAAUUUGCUAUGGAGAUUACCUCAGUGUUAAAUGUAUGUAUGUAAUGAGACUGCAGAAUUGUUAGUUUUUAAUUAGCAUGUAUGUAGUAUAAUUAAUUCAAUUGAAGUACGGAGGAGUACAUAAUAAAAAGAUUUUCUAUCUA